GGCAGCGCUCGUCACGGCGGUACCAAGAAGCAGCUCGCGCUAUUGUACAGCUGAAGGAGAGAGAGAGAGAGAGAGAGAGAGAGAGAGAGCGUGUGUGUAUGUGCGUGUGCACCGCGCUCUCUGGCCGGGCUCGAUCGACCAGCAGUCGAUCGGCUAUCCUCGUACGAGGCAGAAGCCGCGUGCGCGUCUCGCGUCCUUUUAUUACGCAAUACUCGCAUCUCUCUCUCUCGAGAGAGAGAGGAGGCGAAGAGAGUCGCGAGUGUGGCCCAUCAGUAUAAUAUAUAUAUAUAUAUAUAUAUAUAUUCGCUUGCACUGGACUGAGAGAGUGCGUCCGCUGCUGCUGAACCAUACAUACACGGCCGGAUACAGAGCGAAGCAUUGUAACAGUGAAAACGCUGAGAGGAGAAAAGGAGCUCGCAGCGAGGGCCAGUGAGUCCGCAGGCAGAAGCAGAGACAGAAGGCUAAGUGCGAGCGAGAGAUAAGCAGAGGUAAGCGCGGCAAGAGACUCUCGUGCAAAAGUGGCGGGUGAGCUGGCUUGCCUCGCGGGCUACAUGGCGGGCUACCUGAAGGCGGCGGCCGCUGGGGCCCCGAAUUCGGUCGUCGGCUCGCAGUACCAUCACCAGGCGGUAUCGCACCAUCACCCGAGUCACUCGGCAGCGGCUCAUCAUCAGAUCGGCAUGGGCCAUCCGCAUCACGGACCGAGUCAUCAUCCCGGGCUAUCCGGACCGUUUCUAACCUCACACCCUCACCCCCAUGGUCACCCGCUCGACGCGCACAUGGUGGCGACCUUUCCUCAAGGUGAGUACCGCAUGAACCAAAGGAAGCAGCGUCGCGAGAGAACGACCUUCACCCGAGCGCAGCUCGACGUCCUCGAGGCUCUAUUCCUGAAGACGAGGUACCCCGACAUCUUCGCGAGAGAGGAGGUCGCUCUGAAGAUCAACCUACCCGAGUCGAGAGUCCAGGUGUGGUUCAAGAACCGAAGAGCCAAGGUCCGCCAGCAGGCCUCGCAGCAACAGGCCCAGCAGCAGCAGCAGCAGCAGCAGCAGAACCUGAACGAGCAGAAAUCCGCAGGCCGGACCCAGACGAACCAAAGCAGCGCCUCUGCCGCGAGCAACAACAAGCAGCAGCUCAACGCGGCAGCCGCCAACAACAACAGCCUUCAAGCGAUCGCGAGACGGACCUCGCCCUGCUCGCCACCGCGAGCCAAGGAGGCUCCCGGGCCCAACUCGCCGCUCGUCUCCACGACGACGCCGAGCGUCGCGAGCAGCAGCAGCAACAACAACCCCGUCGCCGCCGGAUACCCGAGACUCGGAGCGACCCCGGGCGCCAUCAGCAACGCCAGCAGCACUGUAACAACGCCGUCGCCGCCCCUGACCCCGGGCUCGAACAACCACCUCAGCAGCGCAAACUACGCCAACCAGCUGCACCACCACCACCACGCGCCCCAGGUCGAUUACUCGCACUUUGCCUGGACGCCGACGGCCAGCCCGGGCAGCGCUGCCGCCGUCAACAGCCAGUGGAACGCCGGACAGGCGUACGCGAACGCCUACCAGAACCACUACGGCUCGGCCGGCUACGGCGACUACCAGAGCCAGAUCUCGCACGUGCACUCCCAGGCGGCCAACUACCACCACGGCCAGUACCAUCACCACCACCACAACAUGAGCCUCGCGGCGUCGCACCAUCAUUUCAACGCCGCCGCCGCCGGUACCGGACUCGGCGACGAGAGCUCCGAGUACCUCCUCCCGGAGCACAAGUACCAGGCGAUGGCCUAGCAGCGCAGCGGCAGGCAGUGCGCUUGAAUAGCCUCCGCAUGCUCGAGCAUCGGUGCACGCGAGUUGGUGCAAUAAUAAUUCAUCGGGGAACUGUGGAACAGUGCGAGAAGACCGCAGAGAUGCCAAGGGAUGACGAACGCGCGACGGACGUACGUGCGCCGCGUCGCCUCGCGCGCGAUUCUCAUUCGUCCUAUCCUCUUGGCCAUCUCCGCGACAGAAAUUAUAAAUAUUUACUAUUUUAAUGGCCGUACGCCACGUGUAUCCAUUAGCCCCGUAUGUAGUAAUUCGAGAGAGAGAGAGAGCGCGCGCGCGAAAGUCGCUUUAGUCUUGCCGCUUGAAUGGCCAGUAGAUCACUAACGUUAUUUCCAUGUAUUUUUGCCUCCUGGACACGAAUUUUGAGGGUGGAAUGCCCAAAAGGGGUCAGGUAAUUUGUUGGUAACAAAUUAAUUGAUAAUAUUCAACAACAUUGUGUUAUUUCAACCAGAUAGCAUUUUUUUUUUAGAUUCUUUGCACGAUUCUAAAUCGAAAAUGUUCUCAUAAGAUUUUCUGAAAAAGGCCUCGUUUUCGAGUAAAAAUUGAGAGAAAAAUCGCGAUUUUGACCGGAUUUUAGUACUCUUUUACUCGAAAACAACGCCUUUUUCAGAAAAGCUUAUAAGAGCGGGGUUGAUAUACUUGAAAUAAAACAUAACUUUGUUUAAUAUUAAUUGAUAACAAAUUACCUUACCACCUUUGGGCAUUCCAGCCCUCGAAAUUCGUGUUCAGGAGGGAAAAAUACGUAGAAAAAACCUUGGUGAUCUACUGGUCAUUCAAGUCCGACGAAGAGUGCUCAGCGCCUAGACUAUACUUCUCGCGCGUUUCAGUUAUAUAUACUUAUAAAGAUACGAGAAUUUGAAUGAGCAAUGGCGACGUCGAGCGAACGUGGCCAGAAUAGCCGAAUGAGACACCUCGCGCCGGGGACGUCUCAAUUCUUCGACUCAUUAGGAUCACGUCGCUCACGACAUACCCGCCCGCACUUCUGCGAAAAUUAUACACAGCCAUGUGUGCACAAUUAUAUAUAUAUAUAUAUAUAUAUAUAUUAUAUAUACGCGCACAGAUACACGCUACAAAUAGAGGGAGUGCUUGUGAUUUGUGUGCGAGAGUGAGUCUGCGAGCGCGAGUGUAAAGGAAAGUGUGUGCGAGCCUAUAAGCUAAGUCAUAUCAGGGGUAAAAAAGAGAAAUUAUACAUAUAAUAUACAUAGAUCUACUCGUGUAUUGCACGCAUCUCUAGCCAUUGUCCUUUUGUAAUAAAAAUAUGUCAUAAUAACGAUUGAGCGUCGUUCGAUGUAAAUAUAACGUUAUAGUGUGUAUUGUAAGUAUAUAAUAACGAUUAAGCGCGCAGUGUAAACUGUAAAUAUUAAUUUUAACCAGAGCCCGCCCGCCGCCCACAUCGGACUAUCAUUCAUUUUUCAUUUGUAUCGUAUCUCGCUAUUAUUGUUAUACUUUGUCUUUUUCUUGUGUGUUUGUGCGUGAGUGCAGGGAGAGAGAGAGAGAGAGAGAGAGAAAGUAAGAAAGAAACAAAAAAGUUAAAGAAGCGCCGCACCGCUAUCGCGCUCGCACGUAUAAUGAUAUACUAUAUACAUAGUUAUAUAGCUCUGUAAAGGAGAGAGAAGAAGGGAAAAAAAAUUACCGAAGAUGACUGCGUUUCGCCGCAUUGUACGAGAAAAGAUAUCUUCCAACGUAAGAAUAAAGUAUCGUAUAUUAUAUUGAAA